AUGGGUGAAGCUACCGUCAACGGCGACCUGCCUCACUCCGCCCUCCUCUCUCACCUCCAAUCCUAUCCUCUCGUGUCCGAUUCCAUCAAGACGAUCAAAGCGAACCCCUAUGGCGCCAAAUCCAUUGACCUCACCAACGCCGGCUACACAAAGUUCGUCAAGCCUACCCUCCCGUACUUCCAGACCCCCGCGUCCUACGCAAAGCCUUAUGUCGCCAAGGCAGAUGAGCUGGGCGACAAGUUCUUGAGCAAGAUCGACGAGCGCGUCCCGAUCGUCAAGUCGGAGACAAAAGAGAUCCAGGAUACGUUGGUCACAUACAUCCACUGGCCGCUUGAAACCGCCAACACCACCAAGGACUGGGCCCUCAAGACCUACAGCGAUGAAUACAAGAAGUGCGGCGGCGAGGGCGUCGUGGCCAGCGGCAAAGCCGUCGUCACCACCAGCCUCGUCCUGACCAGCGACGUCCUCAAGUGGAUCAGCAACUUCUUGCAGCAGAAGAAGGAAGAAGCCAAGGAAGUUGCCCAGGAGAAGACGGCGAAAUAG